UCAGACUUCCUGAGCAAUACAGAGCGAUUAUAUCACGCCAUCAAAUGCGAACUGCUGAACUGGAACGACUGGAACGACAUGAUGGCCAUGAAGGGCGGGCGGGAAGUCCUGAGGAAAGUCCAGUACCCUGACGACGCCACCAGGCGGUCGCUGUACACGUCGUGGCUCCGGGUGGUGGCCUCCAACAGGUGGCAGCAGGCGUUCGACCACGUCAUGCUCGAGUGCGUGGCCGCCACGCCUUCGCCGACGUCCCCGGAGAAGCCGCUUUUCGCCGACUUCUACAGUGAGCGGGACGCACUGGACUUGAUAUCACAGGACGUGCUGACGCCCGUGCUGAACUUGGCAGAGAUUCCUAGGCUGUUUGCGCCCGGGCCCGUGAGUGUGGAGCCGCUCCCUUCGUCUCCUGGAUUGGUGGACUUCCUUGCCGAUCUGAUCAAGAAGGGCUCCCGGGAUGCCCUAAACGAGGCGGGCCUCAUCAUCAGCUUCUACAGCCUGGCGCUGUCGUUGGUCGUGGUCCUGCCCGUGAGGGAAGUGCAGGACUUCCUUCGGACCCGGAUGAAGAGUGCUUUGGCCGCGGCCGUGCCCACGUCUUUCGACGGAGACGCGUUUUGCCCCAACGGCAGGUUUCUGACUGAACUGGCCCGCAAGGCGUGCUCUACCGAAGGAGAAGUAAAGCCUUAUAUCGUGCUUCUGGUUAUUGGUCAGUACGCCUACCACUGCCACGUUUGUGAGGCGCCACCCAGCGGUGACAUGAGCUUCCUGGAGGAAGGUUUUCUGACGGCAGCUAAGUUCAGCGGGUUGAAGAUGAUGCGACUACUGUACGACGUUCAAGAGAAGACUGCUCUUAGCGCCGAGGUGCUCAACGGCAUCCUGCGGGACAGCGGCUCGCAGGAAGUGGCCCGGUCCAGCGAACGCGUGCGUGAGUUCCUGGAAGGCGCCAAGGACAUGAUGCAGAAGAUGAGGCCGUGGUGCCGUACGACAAAUGUCUGUUUCCUUAUUCACCUGGACGUGAUCUACCACCUAGACUACGUCAUGAGGCUGGCGGCGUUUCUGGCUCCUGACCCCAAUGACCUCUUGUGGCACUGUCCGGAGUUUGCCAAUGUGCCGGCAUCGCGUUUGAAGGACGCUCGUAUAUGGGCACGCAACUUCAAACGGAACUUGCGCAAAGGAAAGUACGGCCCCGCUGUUAAGCUUGACCAGUUGUAACCACUGGCACGCGUCUUUUUUUUUUUAAUGCGUCGUCAAAGUAGGUUGUGUUUCCCGACGACGAAGUUCCAUUUGCAGUUGGAUUAUUGAACAGGUCUUUCCAGCUGUAAAGUUGGGUGACUGCUCAAAGGGAAUGAACUUAGUCACUUCUCGGCUGAAAUGCGGCCAUAUUCUAGCUUAAUAUUAAUCGAUUCUGAGCUAUAGAAUAGCGAAUAAUAGCCGAAUUAUCAGCGAAAGACUUUCCAGCUGGAAAUGUUCAAUAAUCCAGCUGGGUCGCCCACAUCAUUUCACUUCCAAACUAAGCAUCGAGAGUAUGCUGAAACAUUUUCACGUUUGUCUCAUCUAACUCAGCCCUUAAUACAGCGAUCCAAGCCAAGCAUCAAGAUAUUUUCGCAUUGAAAUGCAUUGCUUUGUGCUGUAUACCUCCCAUGUAACGUAUGUGUAAUUUGUAUUGCUUUCCUAUCCUACUGUAAAGUUUACGGUCAGAACACUGGUUGAGAAUCGCGCUGAAAGUUCUCAGCUGUGUUUCGGCACUUCGCUACAAGCCAAAGUACGUGCCAGAAUAUGUUGACAUCUAAGGAUAUUUUAUCCAAUAGCCUUUUACACGUAGUUUUUGGGUUCUUACUUUUCAUCUUUUGUGUGUGUUUGGUGGUGGUGUCAUUCUCCAAGUGCCCUUUCAGUGGAGCAAUAAUGCAAUUCAAAAAUAUUUCAUACCCAUUGCAAUCUUUUUGAAAUAAAAUACUGUUUUAAGUGGCUUCUUCCAUUUAUUAAACAA